AUGGAGGACGUUGACAAUGGAGUCGUGGUGGAUCUCACUGAUGAUAAUGAGGUAGAAGCUGACACUGCACAAGACGACGUCGAUUCUGAAAAUCUCUACGGCGAUGAAGACCCAGAAGCAUCACAACAAAACGGAGAAGAGGAAGAAGAAGGCGCUCCUGAAAACCCAAUCAAUCUAGACGAUGAAGAUGAAGUAGAAGCCGUUGAAAACGCUGAAAAUGGCGCUGAAAAAGACAAUGAAGGAGAGGAAGAGGAGAAUCCGUUUGCCGACGACGAUGAUUCAGAUGAAGAUGGCGGUGGUGUUCAGGUGACAAUCAGAAAAAUCGAGCCGACAGAGAAGCCAGCGGCGAGACAAGGAAAACUCGAUCUAGAUACCACUGCAAUGAUCAACGACAAGCCAAUUUACGACUUGGAUUUGGCAACUAUGGAGGAUCGCCCGUGGCGCAAACCGGGAGCUGAUAUCACCGAUUAUUUCAACUAUGGAUUCACUGAAGAGACGUGGAAUUUGUACUGCGAACGGCAGAAAAAGCUGCGCGCUGAGUUUGCUGGGAAUCAACAGCAAGCGAAUACUGCAUUGUUUUCGGCAAUUAAAAUUAGUAAUCCACUAGCGAAUCCGGUGAUUAAUCCAUCAUCCAGCGUUGUCAAAGUGCUCACCGACAACGGAGGUCGCUUCAAGCAGCCACAACAGCCUCCAGCACCAUCGCCAAUUCAAAAUGAGCAAGUCAUACGUACAGUGAUAUCAGGAAAUCCGCAAUCCGCGCCUUCUCUGAUGGAUUUCACUCGUCCACCACCUGGAAUGUCUCUACCACCACCGACAACAGGCUUCCCGGCACCGGUAUCUACUGCUCCUACUGUAUCAGAUGCUCCUCCAGGAGUCGAUGGCGAUCUGCCACCUGGCGUUGAGUCUGCCGCUCCACCUCCAAGCUUCGGAGGAGGUCUUGACCUGAAUCUGGGGCUCCCACCAAUGGGAUUCAAUCCAAAUAUGCCACCACCAGGGAUGCCACCUAUGGGAAUGAUGUCUACCAGCAUGCCACCUCCCGGAUUCUCAAUGCCUCCACCAGGAUUCCCAUCUCAACAUUCGAGAGCUGGUUUUGGUCCGGGACCAGUUGGAGGGCAGUCUUCACGUGGUGGUCUUGGAAGUUUCGGAGGAAUGGAGGAUGACGACGAUGAGAGAAGGUUGAGAAGAAAGCGAUCGAGGUCUAGAAGUCCCAGAAGAGAUGACAGAAGGGACCGGGAUUCUAGAAGACGUGGAGAUGACCGUACGAGUAGAAGACACAGGAGUAGAAGCACAUCUGGAGAUCGUAGAAGACGUCGGGAUGAUAGAGACCGGGAGAAAAGAAGGGACAGAAGAGACGAUGAUGAUCGUAAGAAGAGGAGUCGUAGGGAGGAUGAGGAUGAUCGGAGAUCGGAGAAAAAGAGAGACACCAGAUCUCGAACCACCGAGGAUGACGAGCCAACGGGUACCACUGCGAACGAGGAGUCGUCGCCGGUUGCUGAUUAA